UUUCGCCAACAGCCGUGGAAGUGAAGAAGUGCUUUCUGGCGUUGUAGUGCCGUGUCUCUGCAGUUCGGUUCAAUUCAGUUCCUUUUUUAUGAAUAAACACCGUUCCGUACCCCGAUGAGAGAGCAGUGCGUCGGUGUUGGUGGUGUUGGCGGUUCAUGGAGCAACAACGUCGAUUGCACGCUCACCACGUUCCACACGGCCAGUUCAUUCCGACCAGCAGCAGAAGGCGAUUUGUGUGUAUACAUUCGCAGUGCUAGUUAUGGAUUCAAUAUGGCUGACGACACACGCAAAGUCCGUGUUGAGGAACAACUGAAGAUAAAAAUAGGUGAAGCGAAGAACCUGCUCGGUCGCAAUGGCAACAACUGCGGCGGUUCGUCCUCAUCGGGCUCGAAGGAAAACCGGGACGUGUACUGUACGGUCGCGCUGGACCAGGAGGAGAUCUGCCGGACGCCGACGAUCGAGCGGACGCUCAGUCCGUUCUUCGGCGAGGAGUACCAGUUCGAGAUACCGCGCAGCUUUCGGUACCUGUCGGUGUACGUGUGGGAUCGCGACCGGCACCUGAAGCAGGACAAGCCGUACGGCAAGAUCGCGAUCAAGCGGGAAGAUCUGCACCAGUACAACCACAAGGACCACUGGUUUCCGCUGCGGCCCGUCGAUGAGGACUCGGAGGUGCAGGGGAUGGCCCACCUCGAGAUCAGCGUCGACGACGGGGUCGGCAAUCUGAAGCAGGUCCCGGAGUUUGACGACCACUUCCAGGUGAACCACCAGUCGUCCAACAACAGCACCUCGUCCUUUGGCAGCGCCAUCAGCAGCAGCGGCAGCAGUGACACGAAAGAGAACUCCACCUCCUCGUCCCAUCUUCAUCAUCCCCACCUCCAUCAUCAGCACCAGCAUCACCCCCAUCAUCAGCUGCUGGUGAACAACUCUGUGAAUAGUACAAAUUUUAAGUUAAGUUUUCCUUCCAAAAGUGGUAGUGGAAGUGCCGGCAGUGGCACCGGAAGUGGAACGCUUAGGACAAUCUUCGGUGGCAGCGGCAGCGACUUUGGCAAUAACCAGCAGCAACCAUUCCGUAACAUUCUCGACAGCAGCACCGGCAGCAGCUCGGCCCGGAGUUCGCGCAUCUCGAUCAAGCUGACCGAGUGCAUGGACCUGGCCCGCAAAAAUGGCCUCUGUGAUCCGUACGCAAUACUAACUGCUCACUACUCGAAUAAGAAGAAGAUAACGAAACGUACUAAGGUGAGAAAGAAGACCGUCAAUCCGGAGUUUGGUGAAACCGUAAGCUUCGAUCUGUGCGUGGACGCGUGCGGCGGAAGUGACUCGAAAAGUGAUAGCAAUAACACGUACACGGUGGUCCCGCUAGGCGGUGCCGACCUCUGUGAAGUGGUGAUAGCAUUCUGGCAUGACAGCCCCGGCAUGGGCGACGAUGUGUUCCUCGGCGAGAUCAAACUCCCGGUGCGGGGGAAGCAGCAGCUGAACGCGGUGCAGCAAAGUGCGUGGUACUACCUUCAACCCCGCACGAGCCACUCGCGGCCAACGCGAACCUGUGCCACCCCACCCGGAACGCGGCUCUCCUCAGACAAUUCCCUCGGCUCGCUGCGGCUCAAGCUCAACUACAACGCCGACCACGUGUUCCCGCUGGCCACCUACGACCAGCUUCUCAACAUUCUCAUCCAGUCGAUCGACCAAAAGCCCAUCACGGCCAGUGCCGUCCACAUCCUCGGCGAAAUCAUCCAGAACAAAACCGAGGUCGCCCAGCCACUGGUCCGACUGUUCACCUACACCAACCUCAUCGCGCCCAUGAUCAAAGCCCUGGCCGAUCACGAGAUCUCCAAACUGACUGACCCCACCACCAUCUUCCGCGGCAACACGCUCGUCUCCAAAAUGAUGGACGAAGCGAUGCGUCUGUCCGGCCUGCACUACCUGCACAACACCCUCCGGCCCAUCGUCGAGGAGAUCUUCGCCGAGAAAAAACCCUGCGAGAUCGAUCCGGCCCGCGUCAAGGACAAAAGCAUGAUCGACACCAACCUCGUCAACCUGCAGGAGUACGUGGAAAAGGUGUUCGAAGCCAUCACCAAGAGUGCGGUCAAGUGUCCACCGGUGCUGUGCCAGAUCUUUCACGAUCUGCGCGAGUGUGCGGCCAAGUACUUUCCCCAGAACCGGGAGGUGCGCUACUCGGUCGUGUCCGGGUUCAUCUUUCUGCGGUUCUUCGCGCCGGCCAUCCUCGGCCCGAAGCUGUUCGACCUGACGACGGAACCAGUGGACGAGCAGACGACCCGCACGCUGACGCUCAUCUCGAAGACGAUCCAAUCGCUCGGGAACCUGGUCAGCUCGCGGUCCGCCCAGCAACCGUGCAAGGAGCAGUACACCGGCCAGCUGUACAAGCGGUUCUGCACCGAGAAGCACGUGGACGCGAUCAAGCACUUCCUGGAGGUGAUCUCGACCGUGGGGGCGAACAUUACGGACGGCGAGACGACCAUGCUGGAGCCGGUCAUGCUCAAGGAGGGGAUGAUGACGAAGCGGGCCCAAGGUCGGAAGCGGUUCGGCCGGCGGAACUUCAAGCAGCGCUACUUUCGGCUGACGACCCAAUCGCUCAGCUACGCCAAGGCGAAAGGCAAGCGUCCCAUCUGUGAUAUACCGCUGGCGGAGAUACUGGCCGUGGAGCGACUCACCGAGAGGAGCUUCAAGAUGCAGAACAUCUUCCAGAUUGUGCGGAAAGAGCGGCCCCUCUACGUCCAGACGGCCAACUGCGUCGAGGAGAAGGAAUGGGUCGACCUGCUGAGCAAGAUCUGCCAGAGCAACAAGGCCCGGCUGGAGCACUUCCACCCGUGCGCCUACAUCAACGGCAUGUGGACCUGUUGCAAAGUAACGGACCAGUACGCGACCGGCUGCACCGCCGUCUCACCAAAACCAUUCCAGAUGGAGCUGGCCACCGCCCUGGAUCCAGCGCGCGACCUCCAGCGUCUCCACUCGCUCAUCAUGGUCAACUUUGGCAGCCUCGAGGAGCUCGAUCCGACGCUGAACGCGGCCUGCGACGAUCCGGCCGCCGCCCGCAAAACGAUCAAAAAGCUCAACGAACUGGCCAACGGACUGGAGCGGAUCCACCGCAAGUACAAGACGAUGCUGGCGCGGGAGAUGCGCUACGGAAGCCGUCAGGCCCCGAUCGGGGACGACAACUAUCUGCACACUUCGCGGCUGCUGGCCGGGGCUGGAGCGGGUGCUGGCGGGGGAGGGAAUUUGGCGGCAACGGCCGCCGCGGCAGCUGCCGCGUUCGAGCGGUCGCCGGGACUGUUCCACCGGAACCAUCCGCUGCGCAGCUCCGACAACGAGCGGUUCUCUCAGUGUUAACUAUUACUACUGGCGUUAUGCUUUCUUCUUUCUUUUUAGUUUUUAUUUUUUAACGUGUAGAGUUAAUUUAUUUAUUUCUUUUUUUUUGUUUUUCCUUUUUUUAAACCACGACCGCGUUUUUGUGUUAUCGAACAAAUACCGCCAAGUUCUUUUAAAAUUUAAGAAGAUAUUUACUGCGUAACGCGCGCACACACACACAAACACACACCGUUUUUGUAUAGUUAGAAUUACAAGCAAAUCGUAAGAAAUCGCCGCAAAAAAUUGUACAGAACGCAAGACUUGAAACGUGACAAAGAAGAACAAAAUUACUUUCCAAAGCUUUCCGCGGCGACGACGAGGACGACGCACACAAACACACGUUUUAUGUCUUUUUGUACGUAUAUAUUUGUAUAUUAUUAUGUUCGUUAUAAAGCAAGAAAGAGCAAGUUUUUCUUUUCCCCCACCACCUUCUUCCCUUUCAGACACGAGUCCGGUUGCGACCUCCGGAACCACACACGCUCUCUCUUUAAGGUUCAAAAUCCGUGGUUUUUCUUUUUGAAGAAGUCGCGACCGGAAGAACGUGUCGUUUAAGCAUUGCCAGCGCCAACAACAAAUCCUUAAACAAAACAAAAAACUACGAAACUAUGCAAUCUCAUUCGCGCACCCGUUAACACACCAAGUUCAUGUUGAUAAUACAGUUUAAUACAAAGCAAGAAACAAAAAUCUAGUUGUUAGAAGCAAAGGAAAACUCAAAUCCAUCAACUCUACCCUCUUUCACAAUUUAAACAAAAAGCACAGAAAGCACACAGAACAACUUUGUCUAUUAAACAAGGAUUAAAGAAAAACUCCGUAAAUAUAGUUUAUACAAAUAUAUUUAAAGAAACUAACAAGAUCGCGCAAGAAGGAAAAAGAGAAACUGUGGAAGCUUAGGGCAUAAGCGUGCUAGAAAAAAAAAUCGCCCCGCCAAUCGAGACUCAAUAUUUGAGUCGACUCGAUACGCGGAAUUCAAACUUUGUGUGCGUGUGUGCUUGAGUGUAAGUGUGUCAACAUCCACCCACAUACACACACACAGGGAGAGAAAAAAAAUGUUACGAAGUGAAACUGAAUGAUAAAUUAUGUAAAGAUUGGAGAAGGAAACAAAACAGUCCAUCCCAAAAAGAAAACUUUUUUUUCUUCUAGAAUGCUGAACGAUUUAUAAAUAAAGCAACUAUGCAGAACGAACAAAGUAAAAAAAAAUCUGA